AUGGAUGAUCAGCCUCCAGGCUCUGCGAGGCCUGGCGAUGCUCAAGGCCAGCCUCGCGAUGACAGGCCGGGGCUCGGCCGCUGGUUAGCUCAGCAACCAAGAGAAGACAGCGUACCGUUCACAUUCGAAUGGAGAGAGACACAAGAGACUUUGACCGAAGAAACUCGGUCAGAAGGGCAGACUAAGGAUGACGAUACAUCUGUUGAUUGUCUUCAUCAUGUUGCUGGUUGUCAAGUUACCGAUGAGAAGAAUUGGUCUUUGGCGAACCGCAUCCCUCUAUGCCAUCAUGAAAACACCAAAGGAGACUGCGGUCAAACAUCCAGCAAUGCACACGAUACCAGCCAAUCAGAGGAUGUUUUUACACACCAGCAGCAAGAACAUCUGAGGCAUGUGCUAUUUCCGUCCUCUGGACAAGAAAUAUUAGAACUGCCGUUUAAUCAGGCUUCCAUGCCUUCGAACUCUCCGGAGACAAUUCAUUACUCCGGAAUCUCUUAUGGAGCCAUUCAACAAAACCAUGAUGCCGAUCAAUGGCUAGAGACUCCAGAUGCAACAUGUAUCCACAAGAUGACAGAUGAUAGGAGACGUGCCUUCUUCCAACUUUAUGGCGAGGUGCAGCAAGAGCUAUCUACCAUUGACAAUGCUUCGGGGAGCCAACAACCUUUUGCGCCCGAGAAUUCGGAAUUCAAUAAUUUAUAUCCCUCUCACGAUUACUCUAUGGAUGACACCUUUACCACACAUACAACCGAGAGUUGUUUCAGUCACCCAGACACUAAUCAGUUCGGGGGCUACACACUACCUCGUCACCCCGUUCUAGUUCCUUCUCAUUCUUCCAAGAAUCCUUCUCUUAGAAAACAAUUGGGAUAUGGUUCGCCGACUAUCCCAAGUUACUCAUCCGAUACUCAUUCUAGAGCAAUGGAUGACGUAUCUUCAGAAAUGACUUUUUCCACCGCCCCCACCACUAAUAAAAGCCUCCAUCGCAAUCAUUUUGGGUCUUAUAAUCUCGAGCCUGCACAGUUUUUGCUUUCAAAUAUGGCAAAUUUCACCAAACUUGCUUCGGAUAAUUUAGAAACACAAAGUCAUGGUAGCGGGGGUCCUGCUUACCAUGCAGCGAAGAGAAUAAGACCCAGCCAAUAUAGCACCAGUGGAAGAAAGAGUAAAAAGCGACGCGUGUGCAAGACCGAUGAAGAUGGGCAUGACUUAGAUGCUUAUAACUGCCCAUUUUAUCUGCAAAAUCCAUCAGAUUACGGGGAGGGUAACUGGGAACUCUGCGCGAAGAGACGUUGGAAGACAUACCAAAGAAUGAGAGAACAUCUACUUCGCAAACACAUACUUCCGGCCAUUCUAUGUGAGAAAUGCUUUGAAGAGUUCGAAGAUGGUGACAGCUUACGAGAGCACUGUGAAUCGCAGUGUGAAAGAAAAGCGCAUUCUCCCUAUCUGAGUACGGAACAGCAGAGCCAAUUGCAAACACGGAUUAAGGGGGGUAUGAAAGAAGCCGAGAAAAUGGAACAGAUGUAUCAAAUUUUCUCCAUUAAUGGAGCUUUUCCUAGCCCAGAAAGAAGCAGGCAAAUCAGAGUUGAAAUGUUGCUACGUUCAGCUAUUGCAGCCUCUUUGAUAUCACCUGGAGACAUUGAACGCAUUACGAAUGAUACUCUUCAAGCGAUACAGAGAGCUAGGUCCACAGUUGGAAUUGAGCUUGAGUAUAAUCCUCCAGGAUGCGAUGGAUUCGAGAAUGCGCUAGCAGUCUCAAGCGACAUAACUGAGCAUGCACCUGCUGACAUUGAGCAUAAUGGCGAUAGUCGGUUCCUACAUCUGGGAAACUGA